UAAGCUUUCCCUGAUUGAUAAGUGGUCAAAAGAUAUGAUCAGAUAAUUUUGGGAUGAAGAAAUCAAAGCUAUAUGAAAAAAUGCUCUAGACUGACUAGCUCUGAGAUAUCACCUGUCAAAUUAACUGAAAUAUUGAAAAGGAAAAAUGACAAAUGUUGGAGGGGAUGGAGAAAAAUAGGGACAUAUACACUGUUGGUGGAACUAUGAACUGAUUCAAUCAUUUUGGAGAAUAAUCUGUCUUUAUUCUCCAAAAGUUAUAAAGUUAUGUAUAUCUUUUGACCAUCAAUACCACUAUUAGAUUACUUUGUGAAGGUGUUCAGAGAAAAAGAAAAGUAGCCUAUAUGUUCUAAAAUAUUUAUAGCAACUCUCUUUGUGGUGGCAAAGAACUCUAAAUUGAAGAUUUUCAUAAACUGGAGAGUGACUAAAUAAGUUGUGGCAUAUGAUGGUGAAAGAUUUAAAUUAAUGUCCGAUACUUCAAGUAUAUUUUAUAAAGUGUAUAUAUGUUAUCUAACAAAAUAGAACCACAUGACUAAGUUGUUCUACCUGCUCAAAAAGCCAGCUCCACCAAAAGCCUGACAGGAAGACAAGAGCACAAGAGAUGGAAUUCUACAGAAUUUAUAUCCUGUUUAUGUCAGCAUGUAACAACAGGAAGAGAGUAGGGUUCUGGGAAUCAUAGUUUUUUUAGGGUAAUUACACAAUGGAAAACUAAAACUAACCCCUUAAGAAAUGAUGAACAGGUUAAUUUUUUUAAAACCUGGAAAGACCUACAUGAAGCUAUAAAAUGAGCAAAAUAAGGGACCAUUAUAUAUAGCAAGAGAAAUAUUGUUUGUAGGCUCUAAAGCUGGAGACAGUAAGAACUUACUCCUGGAUAAAGGAGUGGCAAUGAAGAUGUCUCAGAGCAGAGCCUCUUACUCCUUUGAUACUCCAACAGCCUUCAUCAAUUUCACAUCUUUUAAUAAUGAAGAUGUCUAUAAUGUGAACUCCUGGUAUGAGGAGAGGGCCAAUUUGGAAAAUAAGCCUCCUGAAGAUGAUGAAGUCCCAGGGCCCUCCUACAGGAAGACACCUUUGAGAAAGACCCAUGUUCCCCAAGCAGUUGAUGCUCUGAGAUCAGUUGACAAUUCUUAUGUGGAAAUGGAGAAUCUACCAGAACAAUCUGCUCCAUCAAAUGCUUGUGACUCACCAGGCUUUCAGGAAAUGACAUCAAAAAAUGCCCCUGUUUUUGGAUCCCUUGUUCCAGGCCAGUCCCUAAGGGUGACCAGGAGCCUGUCUGCUCAGAAGUCAGAACAGCAGCAGAAACAGCAGCUCAGAAUGAAAGCAGAGAGACACCCUGCUCCCAUGGUCAGUGAGGAAAUGCCACCUUCUAAGAAGAUGAAAGUCACUGAGGGCAAAAGUAAGCCCAUGGAAGGCACCAAAAAUGGGGCCCAGAAGAGUGAACCUUCCCUGGGACACUGCACAGGCAGAUCAGCUGUAUCUCACACACCACCCAUAAGAAAUAAGGUUCUGAAAAGUACGGAGGAACAGGAAUUGGAGAAGAGACUCAAGAUGCAGCAGGAGGUGGUAGAGAAGCAUAAGAAGAAGGAAGAAUCCUUGAAAAUAGCUCUGUCAGGGCAGCCUCUGAAAAAAACAGUCAACCAGGUAACCAAGUCAGUUGACUUCCACUUCCACACAGAUGAUAGGAUCAAACAGCACCCCAGGAGCCAAGAAGAAUAUAAAGAGGUGAAUUUUACAUCCGAACUUUGGAAGCAUCCUCCAUCUCUGGCCCGAGUAGGCAAAGGGCCCAUCAUUGACAAGCCUUUCAAUUUGUCCCAAGGAAAGAAAAGGCCUUUUGAAGAAACAUCCUCUACUUAUGUCCCUCUUGCUCAGCAAAUUGAAGUUUUCCAUAAACGAACUCCUAAUAGGUACCACCUGAGGAGCAAGAAAGACAUAAGGUUACCCUCCAAACCAUCGAUGCUCAAGAUAAACCCACAGACUCCUGUAUUUAAAACCAAGCAAUGCACAAGGCCUGUAACAUGCAAGAGCAUUGCUGAGCUGGAAGUGGAGGAACUUGAGAAAAUCCAACAAUAUAAAUUCAAAGCACAGGAACUUGACUCUAGAGUCCUUGAAGGGGCUCCCUUGCCAAAGAAGCCUCCAGUAAAGCCACCCACUCAAGCUAUUGAUUUUGAUCUAAAAAUUGAGAAAAGGAUACAAGAGCAAGGGGCAAAAAAGAAAUCAGAAGACGAUCACUUUGAGUUUCAUUUUAGGCCUUGUCCUAUGAAGAUCUUGGAAGAUGUUGUGGGUAUGCCAGAGAAAAAGAAGCUCCCUACCACAAUCCCUAAAUCUCCUGCCUUUGCCCUAAAGAACUGAGUCCAUGGACUCACCAGAGAGGAUGAGGAAGAACCAGUAGUGAUCAAAGCUCACCCUGUGCCACACUGUGGAGUGCCUUUUAAGCCCCGAAUCCCAGAAAAAAGAACCGUGGAGAUGUGCCCCUUCUCCUUUGAUUCCGGGGACAAAGAGCGGCAAUUACAAAAGGAGAAGAAAAUAAAAGAGCUACAGAAAGGAGAGGUACCUAAAUUCAUGGCACAUCCCCUGCCUCACUUCCACACUGUCAGCUUGCCAGAGAAGAAAGUGAAGAAUCCAACACAGCUUGAACCUUUCCACCUGCAGAUAGAUGAACGAGGAGCUCUUGAAGCCCAGACCUGGAAGCAUCAGCUUGAAGAAGAUUUAAAGCAGCAGAAAGAAGCAGCUUGCUUUAAAGCUAGUCCAAACACUGUCAUCCAUCAGGAGCCCUUUGUUCCCCAAAAAGAAAAAAAAAAAACGUCAGAGGACCUUUCUGGUUUCAUAGUUCAGGGACCUUUUCAACUGGCAACAGAGAGGAGAGCCAGAGAGUGGCAGGAAUUUGAGAAACAAAUGGCGGAGAUUGAAGCACAGAAAGCCCAGAGACUGAAGGAGGCUAGGCAACAGGAAGAAGAGCAGAAGAAGGAAGAACUAGUCAAACUGAGACAAGAACUGGUACAUAAGGCAAAUCCCAUUGGCAAACACCAGAGUGUGGAGGUGAAGCCCAGUGAACAGCCCCUGACCUUAUCAAUAUCUCCCAAGUUUUCUACCAGAUUCCAGUGUUAAGCCCCAGUUUCCAGUUUGUACAUGUUUUUUCCUUGUGGGAGAGGGUGGCACAUUCUACUACAACUCAAGACUCUUUUCAUGCUUUAUCAUUGAGUAUGUAGGACUCAUUUCUACCAACUAUCUUAACUAUACCUCACUCCUGAAGACUUCUGGCCAUUCUGAUGCCCUUAAAUGGACUUUUUCUAAUCUAGUCAUGUAGUCACUUCCUUUCAAUACUGGCUGGCCUUGAAUGUGUGUCUUAAUUUUUUUCAACAUGAAUUUUAGCAUAGUGUAAUCUAUUAGCCAACUCAUUUUUUAAAACAAGAAAAUAAAGAUAUUUAAAUUUAGAGACCCAGGGCUUAAAUUGUAAUUGGAGGUGAGGCUUUCUGUCUCCACUGCUUUCCUUUUUUUCAUUCUCUGACCUUUCUCUUCCCACCACCAUUUGAUCUCUUUUAGGAGAGUAGGGUUGGCUCUAGGAAUAAGGAAUUAAUCAUGAACUCUUAGCUUUCGGUUGCUAAGAGAGAGAAAACUAGCCUAAGCAAAUCUUUAUUUAUACUAGUGAGUGAUAAGGCCAGAUGGAUAAAUUAAAUUCACAAAUGUUUCAGAAAACUAUUGUACCCAUCAUGUUGACCUCACAUAGAACAUCUUUGCCAGAACAAAUAAGAAAUAUUUGGUGGAUUUGAGCUCCUUUCCAUAAUUUUUUCUCCAUUUUCCACCCCCCCCAAUAUUUGUUGCCAACAAGCCAGAAUUGAAAAAAAAGAUGAAAAGAAGAAAAACCUGGAUAGAAUAAUACGAUAUCUCUAAGAGUUGGAAGAAACCUGACAGAUCAUCUAAUCCAGCUAUCAUACCUAAUAGAACAGUCCUAUCUGCCAGGUGAUCCAAGGGUAGUUAUCCCACCUGUAUUUAAACCCUUUAUUGGGGGGAGCCCAUUCUGUUCUUGAAGAACUAAUAAUUUCUAUUGAGUCAGAAUUUGCAGAAUCCUAAAUAAACAUGUUUAUA